AUGACCCCACUCCCUGAAUCCGAUACACUCGCAGGUAAUGAUGCUGAGGCACAUGCGAUCUCUCAGUUCAAAAUAGGUAUCAGGGCGAUCCACCAGAACUUGGAACUAAGCGAGGGUCCCUCAAAUCCAACUACUCCCAUCCAGAAAUUUCGUAAUGUUGCGAUGAGGGUAAUUAAGGAAAAACGUCAUGCUAGGGCAAAACUCAGAAAGAAGAUGGAGUCAAUGGAACCGGCACUGAAGUCUCUGUCACCCGUUCAGUCAUCACGGGAGCAUACGACGAUGAUCCAUGACAUUAAUUUUCAUUACGAUGGCCGUUACCUUGUUACUUUUUCGAGGGAAGAUGACAAUAUAUUAUUCUGGGAAUUAGACCAAAUGGAAGUGAUGGUUAUUGACCGAGUGGAUAUGCGGCGGCACGGAUCUAGCCCUGCCCAGGAGUUGAUCGGAACCUUGUCCCGGUCUCGGGAUCACAUGAGAGCGUUGAGAGUGACAUCACUGAGAGAGAAUCGAGUAUUGAUCAUUGGGGUGGCGGCUUUGGCGGCUUCGGCGUCUUCGGAAACUGGGUACUAUAAAGCACAUCAACUGGGUUCCCGAGGUCACCCCAAGCCCCUCACUCUUGAUUUGGAAUUUGGACUGAAUCUUUUGCCUGUAUCUCAGAUCUCGAGACUCAUUCCUUGGGUUGGUCUUGACUACGCACUAGAGGAUGCGGUUCUCACCCCGGAUGGAACGAAGUUAUUGGGAAUAGCUACAUUGGGUUCAACGGCCGACAAAAAUCAUCUUAAGCCAUCAAGAUCCCCUCCAGAAUGUCGAAUCAUCAUCUGCGAUGCCUGGGAGGAUGAGAUUGAUUUCGAAAUUCCGACUUUCGACCCCAUACGGAGGAUGAGCUUAUCUUACUCAGGCAAGCGUUUGCUUGUUAUGUCCGAUGGCAGUACGCCACCUCGCCUGUUCCGAGUUUACCCUACCUGGCUUGUCCCAUUGCACACAUUUGACCUUCCAGAUGCAGAUGGGAAGUACCCUAUCUAUGGCCAGUUUGGGAUUCGGAGCCCUGCCCCCGUGGCAGGUGAGUCCGAGGAAGAUCAAAUCAUCAUUUGCGCUAACAAACGGGGGGAAAUCUUCAUAUGGCACCGUGAAUCCUAUCGUCUCCUGUACUCGCUCGAAAUUUCGAUUCCCUGGGGCACUGAAGUCAGUGGGGUGACUUUCGGCUGUGAGCGCUUGGAGGACUACAGCUAUCUGAAGGUGGCUGCUGCAUGCACCGAUGGAACUGUCAUCAUGUGGGGCUCGAAGUGGGAUCACCCUAAUCCUUCCGUUCUCACUGACGAAUUACCGCGAGCGACCAGUGAAACUACUGGAGGAACCAUCGAAGAAGUCAUUGAAGGGGCGGAUGGAGUUGUCGACGAAGAUAUUAUUACGGAGGUUUAA